AUGGGAAAGUCAUUUUGGAGGAAAUUCAAGUGCUGGAAGUGUUGUCCAAAUUACAAGAACUGGAAAAAAGAGAAGACCCAAGUUGCGUCUGAUGACUUCUGGACAGAUUGUGAUAGGGAAACAACAGAAGUAGGUAAAGUCGCAGAAAAUACCAGUGUAUUUCAAGAAACGACAGAAGAAGCAGUUAGUCCGAUAGAUGAUUUGAACCAUGACGAGGCAUUCGUGUCGAAGUCUGUCACAGAAUUGAGUUCCGAGGAGAAAAAUGAGCCAGAUCUCGAGUCAUCGGAAGAAGAACUAAAGGGCGAAAGGAAAGAAGAAAUAGAGAGUGAAAGGAAAGAAGAAAUAGACGGCGAACGACGGGAACCAACAGAAGACGUUGUAGGAACAGUAUGGGACAGCAUUACAAGGGGUAGCAUCAGCCAGGCUGAUAUAUCUAGUGAACAUGCAAAUAACCAGUGCACAUCCAUUGCUUUGACUGCAGCCGGUACACACGAGGUCAAAUCUAUAUCAACCUGGGUUUCGGUAGAUAUUGACAUGGUUUUGUACCAAGGGGAUGAAAACCAUGGCGUUUACAGUUGA